AUGGCCGGCAAGGAGCAGCAGCACACUAAACUGCCAGGCGAUCGUCGACGAAUACGUGGCGUUGUGGUAUCUGCGAUUGUCUUCAUGACGAUUCUGAUGUUUACGCCCAACAGCUUAAACCCACUUUGUGGAAGAAGAAGGAAUACGUUCUUUGGCCGGUGUAGAGGCUCCUACGAUGAGCCAAAUAACAAUAGCCUGGAUCCUGCCACAACAAGCCAUGCCUGUGGCACUGUCUCGGAAGCGUCCAGAGUACUUUUGGUCAUAGGAAAUCGGGGCUUCGGCACGGAUUCUGACGACAAUGUGCAGAUCAUGCCUAUCUGCAUUCCAAAGUCUUCUCCAUCUUAUGGAGUGUCCAGUGUGAUAAGCCAUAUUGGUCAGAUCAUUGAGAUCGAUGGGCAAAUACCCCCAACGAUCCCAAGCUUUUGCCACCAGAGAUGUCUUGCGAAGAGUGGAAAAUGCUCAUGCCACGAGGUUGCGGACGAUUCUUGGACGGACAACAGAUAUCACAACCUUGUUACAGCGAAACGGGCAUUCGACGUGCGACCAGACGACGACUGGUACUUGUUCAUCGAUCAUAACACUUGUGUUCUAUAUUCAAGAGUGAGAAAAUGGCUAUGGCGCCUCGACCCAGGAGAACCGCACUAUGUUGGCCGCCCUGGCAUCUUUCCGUUCGCACAGGGCCGGUCAGGCUACUUAGUAUCACGGUCGGCGAUGCAAGAAAUGUUUUCGGAGACACUACCCUCUCCUGAUCAAUACAGCCUACGGAUACCCGCGCUGGAAGUAACUCUUUCUAGCGAGGCACUGACCAGAAAGCACCCGGCUUUGAGCCUAUCUGCGAAUACUCUGCUAUGUUAA